CCGCCAGGGGCGGGGCGGCGCGGGCCGGCCGGGCUGUGCACCUGCGCCUCGGCGGUCCGCCUGGGGCAUCAUCCCCGGCCCGCCUGGCCCCGCCAUGGCCAGGCCGCAGAGGACUCCGGCACGCAGUCCCGACAGCAUCGUCGAGGUGAAGAGCAAAUUUGAUGCCGAGUUCCGACGCUUCGCGCUGCCCCGCGCUUCGGUGAGCGGCUUCCAAGAGUUCUCUCGGUUGCUGCGUGCGGUACACCAGAUCCCGGGCCUGGACGUGCUGCUUGGCUAUACGGAUGCUCACGGCAACCUACUGCCCCUCACCAACGACGACAGCCUGCACCGGGCCCUGGCCAGUGGGCCCCCGCCGCUGCGCCUGCUAGUGCAGAAGCGGGCAGAAGCUGAUUCCAGUGGCCUGGCCUUUGCCUCCAACUCUCUGCAGCGGCGCAAGAAAGGGCUCCUACUUCGGCCAGUGGCACCCCUGCGCACGCGGCCACCCCUGCUAAUCAGCCUGCCACAAGAUUUCCGCCAGGUUUCUUCAGUCAUAGAUGUGGACCUACUGCCUGAGACCCACCGACGGGUGCGGCUGCAUAAGCAUGGUUCCGACCGCCCCCUGGGUUUCUACAUCCGAGAUGGCAUGAGUGUGCGCGUAGCUCCCCAGGGCCUGGAACGGGUUCCAGGCAUCUUCAUCUCCCGCCUGGUACGAGGGGGCCUGGCUGAGAGUACAGGGCUGCUGGCAGUCAGUGAUGAGAUCCUCGAGGUCAAUGGCAUUGAGGUAGCUGGGAAGACCUUGGACCAAGUGACGGACAUGAUGGUCGCGAACAGCCACAACCUCAUUGUCACUGUCAAGCCAGCUAAUCAGCGCAAUAAUGUGGUGCGUGGGGCAUCUGGGCGUCUGACAGGGCCUCCUUCUGCUGGGCCUGGGCCUGCUGAGCCUGAUAGCGACGAUGACAGCAGUGAUCUGAUCAUUGAGAACCGCGAGCCUCCCUGUUCCAAUGGGCUGUCUCAGGGGCCUCCAUGCUGGGACCUGCGCCCAAGCCGCCUACUUCCUGAUGCCCGCAGCUCUCUGCCCUCCCUGGAUGAUCAGGAGCAGGCCAGCUCUGGCUGGGGGAGUAGCAUUCAAGGAGAUGGUAGUGGCUUCAGCCUCUGACAGGCAAAGAUGCA